AUGGCGGUGAUGGAGAAACAUUUCCUUUUCCUCUCUCUCCUCCUUUUGUUCUCGUUUGGGCAUCCACGUUUUUCCUCGGCCGAAGGAAAAAGUGACGGGUCCCAGCAGUGGGGAUAUGUGGAAGUUCGACCAGGCGUUCACCUCUUCUGGUGGCUGUACAGAAGUCCAUAUAGAGUUGAAGAACCUUCCAAACCCUGGCCAGUACUGCUGUGGCACCAAGGAGGCCCCGGAGCCUCCGGUGUUGGAUUUGGAAAUUUCAAAGAAAUCGGACCACUGGAUGGGAAUUUGCAGCCCCGGAAUUUCACGUGGCUUCGAAAAGCAGAUCUCUUAUUCGUGGACAGUCCAGUGGCAACAGGUUUCAGUUAUGUGGAGGAUGAGAGCUUAGUAGUGAGAACAGACAAUGAAGCAGCAGCUGAUCUGAGCACUUUGCUGAUAGAGCUCUCCAAUGGGAACGAGACCCUCCAAAAGAGUCCUCUGUACAUCUUUGCAAAAUCAUAUGGAGGCAAAUUUGCUUCUGCCCUUGGAGUAAUAGCUCUAGAAGCUAUUGAAGCUGGAAAACUGAAGGCCCAACUUGGGGGAGUUGCUUUGGGGGAUAGCUGGAUUUCUCCUGAGGACUUUGUGUUCUCAUAUGGACCUGUUCUUAAAGUCAUGUCGCAAAUCGACGAGAACGGCUUGACUCAAUCCAACAGUUUAGCCCUGAAGAUCCAGCAGCAACUUGCAGAAGGCAAAUCGGAAGAUGCCACAGCAACAUUUCGAGACCUGGAGCAAGUCAUCCAGCAAUACAGUAAUAACGUGGACUUUUACAACUUCAUGUCAGAAUUGGAGACCAACUCUGCGGUGGUGAAAGAGAGUAGAAGUAGCUCAACAAGAUACACAGAGAGAACCUCAACUGGAGCAUGGGCUGCCAAUAGUGACUUCAGAAGCUUGAUGAACGGACCGAUAAGAAAGAAGCUAAAGAUCAUCCCAGAUAACGUGACAUGGCAAGGACAGUUUCGCCUGGUUUUUCCAGCCAUGUAUGGAGAUUUCAUGAAACCAAGAAUUGAAGAGGUGGACAAGCUUUUAGCCAAAGGCGUAAACAUCACCAUUUACAAUGGACAGCUAGAUCUCAUAUGUGCAACAAAAGGAGCAGAAGCAUGGGUCAACAAGCUCAAGUGGGACGGUCUGAGCAAUUUCCUGAGUGAGGACCGGGUCCCUCUAUACUGUGGAAAAGGCUUUACGGGGACGAAAGGAUUCGUGAGAUCCUACAGGAACCUCUUCUUUUACUGUAUUCUCGGUGCUGGGCACAUGGUGAGUCCUUAUUCACAAUCACAUCCCUCCAAUGGAAUUGUUUUCGGGCUGUGAAGAUUACUUCAAGCUACGAAACAUUCUUUCAAAAGUACAAAAAGGAUCACUCAAGAUGCAUUCGAUUCCUGAGGAUAUUUCUAAUCUGUUUUCACCAAGUAAAUUUCUGAUAAUGAUAUUCUCCCUCUCGAUUUUUCACAUCUAUGCAAACCAGCAUGAUUCAGGGUUUCCAAUUUAUGGAACUCUAAUGUACCCUUUUCCAUAUAUCUUUUACUUACUCUAGCUUAGACCACUAUUCCAUAAAAAAAAAAUAUUUCACAAAUUUCUUGUUCUAGUAUUC